AGUUGUUAUCUGAUAAGCAUGCUGUGCCCUACCCUAGCACCAGAAGAAUUUCUUCGCCUAUAAAUUCCACGCAAGAGGCCACCAGAUCAUCGCACCAAGCAGAGACACUCUCACGUCGCAUAAACUGGGUCAAGCAACUGAAUCCAACCAUGAAGGCAGCAUUUGCACUCUUCCUUGUCCUCGUGCUGAUCGUGGCAGCCCUACAAGCCGAUGCAAAACCCAUGAAUCUGCAGGGGCGUCGGCUCAUGGCUACUACUGCUUCAAGCAAGAACCCCGAUUUCACGAGCACUACCAGUACUUCUUCUACUCCUACGACUGCUACUACUACAGGCUACACUGACACUAAAACCAGGCCCGAGCGGGAGAAGAACGACGGAUACAACAACUACUCAAGUGCUCCAGUCGAUGAUGAUGAGGCUGAAAAUUCUCACCGUGUGAUCAUACGCCCCUAAACUGCUAGGCUGGGGUGUGGGGAUGGUCAGUCUAAAUGUAAAUUAUAGGUAUAGUGAUGAAUGAAUAAGUUGGGGAACCUCAUGUUUAAAGCAUCGAUCUUAGGCAUGGCGCAUGUUGAUUCCCACCAGAAAGUUGAAAUGAUCAGCUUUUUGUACCCUUAUGGUGUCUCUCGUGUAAUUUAUGUGUGAUGCAACACAUAUGUCAUAAUCAUAGCAGGCCCUUAGGCCGUACCUGCUAUGCGGAUUAUGUCCUACAAGUUAUGGAAAUGAAGAAACCUGGCUGUAGCUUGGUUUUAUGUGGUUAUAAAA